CCAUUACCCAUAAUCCCUUUCUACGUCCAGCCCCCAACCGUAAACCUCUUCAAACAUAACUCAAAUCACGGGCGGGAUUCACCCAGCGAGGUUCACAUGAAGUUGUAAUGAGGUCUUUUUGGUGCUAAUAACUGUCAGAAAUAGUUGUUUAAUCGUUAAUUUUAUUCUUAUUGACCUGGCUUUAACGUUUGACGUUGUAUCGUCGUCUUUGGCGAAGAGGGGGCGGAAAACAACGACACGUUUAAACUAGCAACAGCAGUUUGGACGAAAUUCACCGAAGAGAGGCGGAGAGCGAUCAACAGAUGAUUCUGAAGGGGCAGAAACGUAAACUUCCACCAGAAGACAUGGAGGUUUCGGAGAGGAGCAGCCCCACCUGGGAGAGCCAGCGGCAGUUUGUCUUCUCAGUCUCCAUGAACAAGUAUCAACGUAGCCAAGAGCUACCUGAGCCCAGUCUGCGGCGGUCCGUCCUGAUAGCCAACACUCUGCGGCAGAUCAGCCUGGAAGCAAGUAGCGUGUCCUCUGAAGACAUGGAGGUGUUAGAGUCUCCUUGUAGUUCAUCUGCAGAUGAACAGAUGAGAGAACAGACAAGUAUUCCACCAGUUUUUACCAGCUGCCCCGUGGUUUCUUCAGACUAUCUUUCAAAUUGUGUUCCAGCUAGGUCUUCAGCAAGCUGCCAUUCAGCUGAAUCAAAUGCCCCCAUGACUGCAAAAGAUGUAGACGACAACUGGGAAUCCAUGUCCACAGAUUCUGAUUUCUCCCUUUCAGCUGCUAUUUCCUCCAUUCUGACAGCACUGGACUCUACCAUUGAUGGCAGCCCUCAGGCAGCUUCACGGACACCCCUCAGGUCCUUGGAGAACCUGUCAGGCCCCUCUGAGGGAGGUGUAGCGUGGUUGAAACAGGGAAUCAAAGGUCAUGGGGUCAACUGGGAGCAGCAAUGGGAGGGAAAGGUACAGGAAGGCAGCAUGGAGGCAAGAUCCAGCUACCUGAGUGACAUCAAUGUGGAGGAUCUGUUUCAGGAUAUAGACACAUCUCUGCUGGAAAGGGACAUGGGAGUGCUUGGGCUCAUAAGCAGUGGAGGUGGAUACCCAGCUGGAGAUGAUCUUCUUCGGUACCUGCCACCUUUCUCCCCCUCCUCUUCCUCCUCCUCACAGCCCUUCUCCCUUUCUCUCAACCCAAGUCUAAAGUGUCUGCCAUCCUUCUCGUCCUUCAGUCCCUUACCUCCUCCUUCCAUCUCUUCUUUGCCAGCAUCUGCUUCCUUUUCAAGUCAGAAUCAAUUAAGAGAGGGACUUGAGCUAGAUCAUCUGAUGGAGAUUCUGGUGGAGUCCUGAAAACCUUAGCUUCAUUAUCAUAUAAUCACUCUACUCAAAUUAAAUUCAUAUAAAUGUAUAAACGGCAAAAAAUAGUGCACUAUGGUAUUUAGAAAGUAGUGAGAAAUCUCUUGAAACGUAGGAAUGGUUGAUGUCCAAGACGAAAAGAGGCCAUUUAAAGAGCAAGCAGGAUUGAUCUGGUAGCUUUUAGAGAAAAUAAAGAGUCUUUGUAUCCCCAGAAAAGUGGUAGUCAGGUCACAGUGAAAACUGUGUGGGUAGUAAUUAUGGACUCUCGGUUCUUUUUCCCCUGCUCAGCACUGAGUCAGUAGCUCACGAAGAGAUGAACUGCAUUUUAUUAAAGCUUAAAAUGUGACUCAGCUAUUUGGAACGCAGGCUUUCGUGUACUUCUGAUUCACUGAGCAAAGAGAAAUUUACAGCUAAUAAUUAAGUGUGAAUUUAGAUGUAAGGAAUGAUCACAGCUUCAAAUAAUCCUGACCCACGCUGAAACAGGCGAUCUGGGGAUCUCAAGGUUUCAUUUGAGAUCUGAGUGUAAUUGGAUUUGUUUUGAAGGGAAAGAUGUCUGAAACACUAAUUUUACAGAUUUUCAGAACCUCAUGAAAUCAGGUGCUACAUGGUCAGAAUGUGAAGCAUAGGAGCACCCAGGAAAAGGUGUUUGAUCUGUUUCACAUCAUCAGGAAUAUUUGCAUAUCCAUCCUCGAUGGUUUGACCACAAGGAAAUGUUUAGAAAAAAGUAUUUGUUUCAUUACAAAAGUGUCAAGUGUACGGUGCUUUGAUAAGAUUGUUGAACAUCUUUGUAUUUGAGUUUACUAUUGUCAAACCAUGUGUUAUUUAGUCUGAAAACUUUGCUCAGUCGGAGUGAAACGGUUCUGCACCGCUCCAUGCACAGAUUAUUUUAUGCAAGGAGAUGUUACAGAUCCAAGAUUAUAUCCAAACCUCCUCAUUAACCUGACUGUGACAGCAUGGAGCCACUACAGCCGUGCCAUCAGUUAGCUAUUUCACUGUUUCUUCUUUCAAGGUUUUUAGGUAGUAGAUGCUUGUUUUUAACCUUAAAAAUGUGUAAAUGCUUCAUGAAUUUAUGUAUCAAAAUAAUAGCAUGGCCCCUGCAAAUGACGUGCAAAUUCCUGAAGCAUUUCCACAAUUUUAACGCGAAAACAAACCUUUACUACCCGAAAUGGUGGAAUAGGUUUUGGUGUUUUUAAAGUGCUUUUUAGCCACAAUGGCUGAUAAAAUCCUGAUGGUUCCAACACUUCAUUGUUAAGUAGUUGUUCAGUUUCUACUUGUUGGAUUUCACAUGUUUACAUUUGAAUUAUUGCACUUUUGUCAAAGAUAUGCAUGUAAGUCUCAGUCAUAUAAUAUUCUUUGUGUUACUCUAUAAAGUAGUGACGUUAAGAAUAAGAAAGCCCUUGUAAUCACAAAGUGGAUUCCUAUUAAAUGUUCAGCUGUUGCCUACUUGUUCUGUAUUUAUCUGUUACUUUGCCAACAACCAGCAUUUAAACCAACAUUGUUGAAAUGCAUUGUGGGAGAAAGGCAGAGAAAAGCAGUUUGGGGUAGCGCAUGAUGGCUGGUUUUGUCAAUCAGACCCAGUUUCUGGAUUAAAGUUACUUUCUGUGCAGAGGUUCUUUCUAAAUAGCUGAACUGCAGUCUCAGACUAUUUAUAUGUUAACAAAAUGAUUAACUUAAUUAAAUAAUAGUGGAUUAAUAUACUGCUGUGGCAGUUCUACACUUUUAAUUUCAUUACAAAUAUUUUAACAGUCGUCUUGAAUAGACUGCCCUCAUACUGUGCUUUUGGACUUUUUUAAAGAAGGAAAAUGUAUGUUGAUCUUUAUGGAUGUUUUCAAUAAAACAUGAAAA